CAAUAUCGGCCUUGUACGGCCAGUACUCGCGAGCUUUUGGUUUUUACCGACUUUUUAAACAUUUAUUGUUGACACUUUCAGAAAGGUUUUACUUUUUCCGAUGGCUUUUUCUCAAUGGACAUUGCUAACCGGCAACUUUCACUUUCUGUGAACCGGAGUGACGUUUAAUAUUAUUACUUGAAAACUGUGAUAUUAGAAAUAGGCAGAUUGAAUCAUGAUUGAAAAGACGUCUACGAUGCAAUCAGAAGAAAUUGAGGAAUCGCUGCUUUGCCCUGGGACUCCUUUAUCAGACAAAAUGACUUUUACCAAAACCGCAACACUUCUUACUGCAGAUACUUUAGAUAAACUACCAGAAACAUCCAUCAGUUCUUUGAAAUACUCCAAUAUCAACUUAGAAGACGAUAUAGAAAAAGUUGAGGUGGACUCCCGAGAAUCCUCAUCACCUUCCGAAGCGGAACUUCCAUCAUUUGAUAAACCCGAUCUUAUCCCUCUGCCUGAUUUCUCGGUGAUACCUGAAGAUAAUCCUGCAGAGUCGGUUAAAAAUUGGCUGAAAAAAAUUACCGAAGUUCAUAAUGGGCCAGUUAAGAAACCUGUUGCCAGUCCGCAAGUGCCUACACCUUCCAGGGUGAUGAAGUAUCAAGAUUUACCUUAUAUGGGGGAAAUUACCUUGGAUAAUUCUAAGCCUAGAAGAGGCAGGAAACCAAAAAAGGCCGACAUUUGCCACUUGAUUUAUAAAAAUUAUGGCACAAUAUUUCCUGGGACACCCAAUCCGAAUAGUUACUUGGAAAGCUAUCGGCCAACUGCUCCGAAGAGAAAUACGGCCGCAGAAAAAGAACACGAUGCCCUCAAUAAGCUCGACGUCCAGAGUAAAAUCAUCAGUAGUUUGCUUGAGAAAAGACUAACGCAAGAAAGUAAGAAAGUUUUAACGGACAAAAAAGCCGAUGAUCAAAACGAGCCCCUUAACCUCUGUAUUCGAGACUUGAAUCAUCUGAAAAUAAGGCGUCCGGAUAAAUCGGAGAAAUCAACAGAUAUUAAGUCCGAACCACAGUCAGAUGAGGACAUAGAACUCAUAACAGAAACACCUUCUCCAUCAGUUAUUGCUAAAAGCGACUUACGAUUUCCUUCGGUUACUCCAGAUAGUUUGUCUACCUCAAGUCCAUCAGAUCCGCCGAACACACCAGAAAGUCCAGCGGGUUCCGGAAGUUAUGUUUAUUGGCCUAAUACUGGAUUGUUCAUUCAUCCCAUGGCUCUACAGCAGCAACUUAUGAUGUAUCAGCGGCUGGCUGGUAACAUGAAUUACAAGCUUCCCAGUCACAGUCCAAGACCACCUCCUAGCAGUAGUGAAGGCAACAAGCCUGAAAAUCUAGAUAAUUUAAGGAAAAUCGUGCCAAAAUCUUCGAAAGUUCAUGAUGGACCGGAGGCUAGUCAUCGACAGCAUGAAAACAAAUCAAAGAGGAACGCUAGUGCCAGCGCAACUGAGAAAACUCCCGCAAAGCGAAAACGUUCAGCCAUUUUUAUACCACCAAUACCUUCAGAGAAUACUACAAAUCCGGCAACGGAAGUCAGCAUUUGUAAAUUCAAGUUUACUGGAGGUGCUAAACCUAGUUUACAAGAAAAGAAAAUGUUGUCUGUCGACUCUGGAGGAAAUUUUAGAUAUUACAGUGGCACGGGGGAUAAAAGUAUGAGAGGUUAUGAGUUCUUCCCCAGAGAAACGCUGCAGCAGCAAAUUACAAACGCUCAAGGUUCAAGCACUGGAGCUUUUCUCCAAGCUAGUGGAGAAAAGAUUUAUCCAGCGCCACCACUGGAAAUCACAGGCGGAACGUCAUCGUCUGAUUUUCUUUUGACCCCUGAUCUGCCCGGAUCCAGCAUAGCGAAUGUUCCACCGGAAGGUACCAGCAGCAGUUCAACACGAAGCAAGAAGAGAAAAUCUAGAAAAUCGAUCCAAAGAGAAAAGUUGGAGCAAACAUUCAAGGAGAAAGGAUUUCUGAUUCAGACUCAGCAGUUGGAAUCUGCCGAGGGUGCAACUUAUUGCAAAUUUAGGCAGCUUCGGAAGUUCACCAGAUAUUUAUUCAGAUCAUGGAAGGACUACUUGCCAGGGAAUGUAAGAGAACUUAGUGAGUCUGAGCAGAGAGAACUUCAACAAGCUGAAAGGGGAGAACUUCCCCUUGAGAAUAUUGACAAUGUAUCAGUGAAGUCUGGAGAGUUAAAUACAAAUUCUUGAAGAAUUUGUAGCCACUGAAACAGGACCCAUGGAAAUGUUGAAUCUGAGUGCUAUAAGAGCUGAGAUUGAUCUUAAGCACAAUUAUAAGGACAGUUCUGUUAAAAUUUAUCAACAAAUUUCGUAAGCAUUUUUAAUAAUUUAAACGCUCUAUAAAAGUUGUCUUGUAUUAUGUGUGCCUGUAAAUUGCUGUAGAAAAUAAUAACAUCGUUAACCAAAGAAAUGUAUUGUGAAUUAGUAUUUGUUAGAUAUGUAUUAUAUAAAGACAGUUUGGAGGGCGAAAGUAUAAUAAAAUGGUCCAAUAAUCUGAAUGUAAAGACGAUAAUAAAAAUUAGCCCUAUGGGCUUAGUUCUUUUCUAUAUUUCAUUGUUAUUUUAGCUAGUUAGUUGUUACGAUUUUUUGUCUAAUCUAGUCGAUACUUUAGAGACUUAUAUACAGUACUGUGUACUUUACAGAUAAUUGUUAAUAUAAUAAAAUUAUUUGUUCGUA